AUGAGUAGUGCAGCUGAGCUUCCCUGCUACACGCUCGUAAGUGGGUCAGCGGACGAGGAGAACAUCCCGGAAGCAGAUUUACGUGUAGCCUUUGAGAAGGGCACAGUAGCACAGAAGGUAGAUGCACUGCAGGCAUGUGUGCGUGGUAUGCUCAGAGGGGAGAAGUACCCCACUAUUCUCAUGCAGAUUAUCCGGUUUAUUCUGCCGAUGAAGGAGCAUGCCAUCAAGAAGAUGCUUCUACUGUACUUUGAGAUUGUGCCCAAGUUGGGAACCGAUGGCAAGCUUUUGCCACAGAUGAUCCUUGUGUGCGAUGCAUACCGUAAGGACUUGGUAUCUCCCAAUGAGUUUGUGCGGGGUUCAACCCUGCGUUUUCUGUGUAAGCUUAAGGAGAGUGAACUCUUAGAGCCUCUUAUGCCCAGUAUUAAGUCGUGCUUAGAACACAGACACUACUAUGUGAGGCGAAAUGCGGUGUUGUGUAUAUAUACGCUAUACAAACAGUUCGACUUCCUCAUGCCCGACGCACCCGAGGUGGUGUACAAUUGCCUGGUGAACGAACCGGACAUGACAGUAAAGCGUAACGCAUUUAUGAUGCUGGUAUAUGCAGAUAAGGACAAGGCGCUGGAGUUCUUAGGCACAUGUAUUGAUCAGGUCCCCAGCUUUGGCGAUAUUCUGCAACUGGUCGUGAUUGAACUGGUCUACAAAGUGUGUCGCACCAACCCAGCGGAGAGAGCCAAGUUCAUACGGUGUAUAUACAUGCUGUUGAACUCUAGCUCGGCCGCUGUUCGGUACGAAGCCGCCGGAGUGCUUCUGACUCUAUCUACAGCCCCUACUGCCGUCAAGGCGGCUGUCUCGUGCUACAUCGAUCUGGUGGUCAAAGAGAGUGACAACAACGUCCGUCUGAUUGUGCUGAAGAAGCUUUCGGAUCUGCAAAAUAACCCACACAUUGAGAAGAUCCUGCAGGACUUAGUCAUGGAUCUGCUGCGCGUUCUCAACGCCCCGGAUCUGGAGGUGCGCAGACAAACGCUGGAGAUAGUGAUGAACCUCGUCACAUCCCGUUCAGUGGAGGAAGUGCUUCAGUUGCUGCGAAAGGAGAUCACAAAGACAUUCGAAGAAAACGAGACCAGUGAUGCCUACAGACGCCAGCUCAUCAAAGCCCUGCACAAGUGCGCCGUUAAAUUCCCGGACAAGGCCGUGACUAUUGUGCCGAUUCUCAUGGACUUCAUUGGGGACAGCAACUCCGCCAGUGCCGCCGAUGUAGUGGCCAGUGUGCGUGACUUCAUCGAGUUCUUCCCUCAACUGAGAGAGAGUAUCGUCGAGCGUCUGCUCGCCACCUUUGCACACGUCAAAGCGGCUCACAUUUUUCGUGCUACCAUGUGGAUGCUUGGAGAAUACUGCCUCAGUAUUGAGGAGAUCGAUCAAGCUCUGGUGACGUUCCAAGAGAGUGUGGGGGCUUUGCCCAUUGUGGAAUCCGAGCUCAAGGCUGCGGCGGCCAUUGGUGGCGAGGAUGAGGAUGGCGACACCCCCGAUGAUCUGUCUGCAACCCGCAAAAACUCGCGUGAGGCUCGCGGGUCGAAGUCGCGUGUGACUGCAGACGGCACGUACGUCACACAGUCGGCAUUCAGUGUCGCACCCUCUAAGGCUGAGCAGCUGAUGGAUACAGACAUAUCUCUGCGUAGCCUUAUGCUCACUGGAGAUUUCUUCUUGGGCACCACUCUGGCCGGGGCUUUGACCAAGCUCGCGCUGCGAAGGUCCACCACAGACGACAACCAGGACAGGAAUAACCACUACUCUGCCCAGUGCAUGCUGAUCAUGGCUUCCAUCAUGCACCUGGGCCGAAGCGGCAUCCCCACGCAGCCCAUUGAGCACGACACAUACGAGCGCGUGUCUGUGUGUCUGCGAUGUCUGGCUGAACCUUCCGAGACAACGACCGAGGUCUUCACAACCGAGUGCAGGCGCGCACUGAAAGAGCUGCUAUCGAAGGUAGCGGCAGAGAAGAAGGCUGACUCUGAUGACCCGGCAGACGCUAAGGUGGUUCAAGUUGAUCAGUUGAUCAAGUUCACCCAGCUGGGUAUCAAAGAAGAUGACAUAGGCGAUGAUCUAGAGCAGGAUUUGACCCUGGCUACAGGGGGUUCUGCUGUGUCUACCACUUCAGCGCUACAGAAAGUGGUACAGCUCACAGGCUUUGGCGACCCAGUGUACGCUGAGGCGUAUGUAAACGUCAACCAGUACGAUAUCACCCUGGACGUACUUAUGGUCAAUCAAACAGACGACACUCUGCAGGGUUUGGCACUGGAGCUGGCGACAAUCGGUGAUCUCAAGUUGAUGGAAAGGCCCGUCAUUACUACUUUGGGCGCAAGAGACUUUGUGAACUUGACCGCCAGCAUAAAGGUGAGCUCUACAGACACGGGACUGAUCUUCGGCCACAUCGUAUACGAUAUCAGUGGCACAUCAGAACACGGAGUGAUUGUGCUGAAUGACAUUUACAUUGACGUCAUGGAUUAUAUUGUACCCUCUUCGUGCACGGAGACGGUAUUCAGACAAAUGUGGGCCGAGUUUGAGUGGGAGAAUAAGGUUACCGUAUCAACAGACAUCCAGAGCUUAGAGGACUACUCAGCACAUAUCUGCAAGGCUACAAACAUGAAAUGUCUCACCAUCGAGAGUGCCAAGGGAGGCGACUGUGGCUUCUACGCCGCCAAUUUAUAUGCCAGAUCAAUCUUUGGGGAGGAUGCGUUGGCCAAUUUGUCAAUUGAAAAGACAAAAGACGGCCGAAUCGUGGGCCAUAUUCGAAUUCGUGCUAAGGCUCAGGGAAUCGCACUGAGUCUGGGAGACAAAAUCACAAUGAAGCAGAAGUCAGACAAGUCAUCAGUCUGAGCCAACAUUGUGUAUUUCCUCUCCAUAGCCCCACCGAUACC